AUGCCGGCUAUAGAGGGGUUUGACCUUAAUAUUGAACCAGCAGAUGUUAGUUUCGCGGAUGAUCCUGUUACUAUUUAUUUGAUCAAUGUGUCGCAAGAUGAUCCUAUUGCUAUGUCUCAAGAUGAUCCUGUUGCCAUAACCCCUGUCCCUACUCUACCAAGUUCAUCAAUGCCUGUAGAAUCUGAUGGUCUCAUAGUGACAACAGCUCAAACUGCUAUAGAUGGGGGUGAUGUAGAGGAUGGUAUUGAGAUAAUGGUUGAGUUGUAUGGUGGUAUUGAAAACUGUCCAUACACGGAAGGUGAUGCAAAAAAUUUGAGAGUGGAGUACUGUGCUGAGUAUCGAGGAAAGGACAUGAAAGCAACCCUUGAUCACUUUGAGGAACUGAAGAAAGAGGAUCCUGAUUUCAUUUACAGUUAUACCCUUGAUGAAUUUGAUAGGGUGGAGAAUCUAUCUUGGGUUGAUGGUGCAGCAAGGAAGUCAUAUGAGCUCUAUGGUAUUGACAGAAAUGGAAUAACUAUUCAGCUUGGUUGUGGCUUCAUGAGGAAUGAAAAAACAGAAGCUUUUGUGUGGUUGUUUACUGAGUUCAAGAAGGCUAUGGGUGACAGAGAUCCUAUUAAUAUUAUCACUGAUCAAGAUUUGGUGAUGGCGGCUGCGAUUGCUCAAGUUUUUACCACUUCAGUCCAUAGGAACUGUAGGUGGCACAUCAUGGAGAAUGCUAGAAAAAGAUUGGGGGCUUUCUUAGAUGGUAAACCAGGCUUGGCUGAUGAUUUCAAUGAUUGUGUUGACAAUAGCUUCUCAAUUGUAGAGUUUGAAUUCAAAUGGCAAGCUAUGCUGGAUAAACAUGAGAUCAAUGAUGAUGAAAGGUUCAAGCAUUUGUAUGAAAUGAGAAAUUGCUUGGUUCCGGCUUACUUCAUGAACAACUUCUUCCCCUUUCUGCAAACAAUAGCACGGAGCGAAGGAUUCAAUGCUGUCCUGAAGCGAUAUGUGAACCCAAUGAAUUCAAUACUAAACUUUGUUCACCAGUACAAGAAAAUACAGGAUAGAAUAUUCGGCAAACAAACAAUGCAUGAGGCUAAUACAACUGUCAAGGUUCCGCACUACUUGACUGGGCACCCCAUGGAAAGACAAAUGAAGCAAAUGUACACAAGAAAGUUGUUCAAUAUUUUCCAAGAUGAGCUACAGCUGAGUUCUAGUUACUGUAUUGUUAGAGUUGAAGGUGAUAGCUUACUUGAUGUUGUUCCAUAUGGGCGCUGUCCCGAUCUCUUAUAUGGGAAGAGAACAUUCAGGGUUUCGGCAAACAGUGUUGAUGGUUUGUAUAGCUGUGAUUGUUGCAAGUUUCAGAGGGACGGGGUUCUUUGCUGCCAUAUACUAAAGGUGUUUGAUGCACUUGCUGUCCGUGAGGUGCCAUGUCAUUACAUUUUGCCUAGGUGGUCUACUGAAAAGGCGAAUGAUGGUGACAAUGUGGAAGUUGCUGGUGAGCCGCUGCAGGCCACGCAAAUUUCAAACCUGGGGAGGCAUGCUGUCCGUUACCAUACAAUUUGCUCCAACUUUGCCCAGUUUGUAAGACCUUUCAUGGUUGAGGAUGAAAGUCACAACAUAGUUUUGAAACAUGUCGCUGCGAUGCAAGCUGAACUUAAUGCACGCAAAAAUGGAGGGGUGGCGAGUUUUGCUACACAAGUGCAGUCCAAUGUCGCGCAGGCUGGAAGCGUGGUUGGUGGAGGCCGGCAUGGCGGUAAGAUCUCGAAGAAAAAGGCAAGCAAUGCUUCAGGCGCUGAUACGACUCCAACUCUUCAAAUAGGUAUACUAAAAAAGUUAGAAACAAAAAGGCAAAAUUGA